CCGCCUGCGCCGCCGGUCCCCGGUCUUCUCGCCCUCAGCUCGCCUCCCCCGCUCUCCUGACAGGCGGAAGUUACCGAGCGCCGCCGCCGCCACCUUUGGACUUUAGGGCCGUUUGUGUUUCGUAGCGAGAGCGGGAAUCAUGUGGGAGUCUAACCGGGUGCGGCUGCUCUUCAUGUUGGCCCUGACCUUCAUCUUCUUCGUGGUGGAGGUGGUGGUGAGUCGCGUGACCGCUUCCCUGGCGAUGCUCUCCGACUCCUUCCACAUGUUGUCCGACGUCAUCGCCCUGUGUGUGGGGCUGGUGGCGGUGCGAUUCGCCCAGAAGACUCGAUCGACGGACAAGAACACGUUCGGCUGGAUCCGGGCCGGGGUGAUGGGGGCGCUGGUCAACGCCGUGUUCCUCACCGCCCUGUGCUUCACCAUCGUGCUGGAGGCCGUCGAGCGAUUCACGGAGCCUCAGGCCAUUGAGCAGCCGCUGGUAGUGAUGGGGGUCGGGGCCGGGGGGCUGCUCAUUAACCUCAUAGGUCUGUGUAUGUUCCGGGACAGCGCGGGGGCAGGACACGGACAUUCCCACGGGGGAGGCCACGGACACUCGCACGGAGCCAAGAAAUCGCACCGACCCCGCGAGCGGUCGGCGGGAGAACGGGCGGACAUAGACCGGGAGGAGACCAACAUCUUGGUGGAGAAUUGCGGCAACUCACAGGCGACAGGAGCGGAGGGGACGCCGGGAAAACACGAUGCCUUGGCAGAGAAUAUAGUAGACGCUCGAGUGAAUGGAAACGUUGUUGAAAACAACUUGCCAGAAAUCCAUGAAGAUGGUUCUCAGCUUAACAUGCGUGGGGUAUUCCUGCAUGUGCUUGGAGAUGCGCUGGGCUCCGUUAUCGUGGUGCUUAAUGCUUUGAUCUUUUACUUGGUUUUUAACCCUUGUUCAGACGAGCACUGCAUAAAUCCUUGUGUAGAGAACCACUGCGAUAAAAAAUCCAAUGUUUCCGCUCUCUCGAUUCAUCCAAACAGCAGUGCUCCACCCCCAGAAAUACAAAUUGCUGGACCUUGCUGGGUGCUUUACCUGGAUCCAUCUUUAUGUGUGAUCAUGGUGUGUAUACUUCUGUACACCACCUACCCGCUUCUGAAAGAGUCCGCUCUGAUUCUCUUGCAAACUGUUCCUAAGCAAAUUGACAUAUCGUCCUUGAAGCAGAAACUCAAAAACCUAGACGGAGUCGAAGCCGUCCAUGAGCUCCACGUUUGGCAGUUGGCGGAAAGCCGCAUCAUUGCCACCGCGCACAUAAAAUGCCAGGAUCCCACUGCUUACAUGGACGUGGCUAAACGUAUUAAAGACUUCUUUCACGAUGAAGGCAUCCACGCCACUACCAUCCAACCAGAAUUUUCAAGUGUGGAAUCUGGGUCGAGGAUUUCGCUGUGUGAACUGUCCUGCAGAACUCAGUGUGCACCAAAGCAGUGUUGCGGGAGCAUUGAAAAUAAUGUUUCAGGAAAGAAGUCAGUUUGUGGCUCGGCCUCUUUCUCCAGUCUAGGAAUGAUCAGCGAAUCUCCUGAGAAUAAAACCAAGAGGACUAAUGCUUCCGAGAAGCCUAGCAGUGAGCUGAAAAUAAAUGUAGAGCCCUCUGUUUGAUGACCAUUACAAAAGACUAAUGUUGCUUUAUUUCAUGACAUUUUUAGUUUUCUUACCUUUUUGGACACUUGAUUGACACCCCUGUGAAAGGAAACAUGGACUGGCUAGUUUUUAUGAAGCAAUGUUAAAAUCAAUUCCGCUUGUCAAGACUGUACUGCAAUUGAAUUGAAUUGCAUAGAAAUUUUUAUGUCGUUGUUACAAUUUUAUAUUUUGCUUCGCCCAGAACACACGCAGCCGCUACUGAUGGUGUAAAAAUACAUAUUGGGUAGUAUUUGCAGUCUCUUAUUAGAGACUUUUUUUUAAUUUUUUUUUAUUUACUUAAUUUAUCUAUGGCUGUUUUGAUGGCAUAGUUAAUAUCUGGUGGCUGCUGACCCUUGAUCAUCUCUUUGCUGAACAGUGUAUGAGUGAUAUUUAAUAUGCCUUCGCUGCUUCUUGUUCUGAAGGAUGAUCACUCAUGUUGCCGCAGUACUUGCACAGCAACUUAUUGCCUUCUAGCUACAUACAACAUGGCUGAUGCUGCCAUACUGGUACAGCAGCUUUUGUUGACCUGCCUUGGAAAUCACAAAAAAUGACAACUAUUUCUGUGGGCUGCUGUAGAUUCGUGCAAUUAAAAUAUAAACCAUUUCCCCAAGUUAUGACAUGCUUAUGCCUCUUUGGUUGUAAAUGUUACCAAAUUCUAUAAGUAAAAUGUAUUUUUUAGUUUUUUUCCCAUACAACUCAAUUACCUCAUGGCGCCAUUGACGUGCUGUGGUGCACCCCUUUUUGAUUGUGUUGGUUGAUUGUUCAUUUUAUUUGUGGCUUAAGGUGCUGAAUAGUAGCCUGGUAUAGUCUUGAAACCACAUGCCAUGUUUCUUUUUAUGUUGCAGUGUAAAUAUAGUCCUGAGUCGUUUAAAAAUAACGAAAGAAUAAAACACAAUUGGCAAAUUGUAAGGCCAGUAACCAAAAAA